AUGACGGGUCGGAGGAUAUGUCGUCCAGUGGAGGAACAGAGGGCACUCCGAUUGGCUUACAACAGGCUGGNNNNGCAGAGCACUGCUGUAAGCGACUUGGAUAGGGUUUCAGCCUCCAGGGAGAGGUAUCGAGCUGAAGCUAUAAGGUUACAGGCACGAGUGAGGGACUUGACCGUUCGGCAAGAGCAAGUAGCAGAACAGGCUAAAGCCAAGGACGAAGCUCUUCAUGAUCGUGAUAAGCAGAUUACUCAGAUGCAACGGACUAUAGAGAAUCUCCGCUGUGAAAAGCUGGCAGCGAAGUUGGAUGCAGAAAAGGUCCGCCAGCAAGCCUCUUCAACGCGGUGUCGUCUUAUGAAGCAUAAUGGUAAUCUAGUGGAAUAUUCGGCGAAGUUGCGGUCCAUAAUUCAAGAGCUACAAGCACAGUUGAAGGUGAGUAAUGCCUCGAUCAAGGCGAUCCAAGAUGCGGCUGAGGACCUCUCACUUACUGCAAGGAACUCUGUUAUUCCAUCGAAGGUUGUCGAUGGGCUCGUCACGUCGUUACCACCAUCACCCUCGCCGAGUUUGGACGACGACAACGGUGAUGAUGAUGAGGGGGAUCAACCGAUGGAGCACCAAGAGGGCGAGCCUGGACGGGAGUCGUCAGCGUCAUCGAAGCGAGCGGUAAUCAAUGAAACUGAUAGUAGUGAUGAUGCCCCUAAUAAACGUGUGAAGCAAGAAGAGUGA